AGGCAGACCUGAACCUAGCCAGUUUCUGCUUAGAGUGACCAGUGCUGCUGCAGAGGAAAAUAUAGGGUCUCUCUGUCCCUGGGAAUAGGAGGCUUCUUAGAGAUGGAAAUAGUUGAGAUAAAUCCUGGAGAAUGAGUGGGAGAUAGCAGGUGAAGGAUGGGUGUGCGAUGAGGCUCAAGAAAUGGUUCGUUCAGAGGGACAGCUUUAUAUCAGUGAUGAUGUAUUAGUGUAUUAGUGAUGAUGUAAGUUCAAUUGCCAUAACAAUCAUCCUCUAUGCUGUAAAUAGAUGUAGUUCUUUAAAGUUCAAGUGUGAGCCGUCCAAGUGGGAGUAUAAAUUAUCUAUUUCUGUGUAAGAAAUUACACCCAAAUGUAGUGGCCUGAAACUAUAGAUGUGUAUUGUCUCACAUAUUUUCUGUGUCAAGGAUUGGAAAUGGCUUAACUAACUAGUUCUGGCUCUAGGUUCUCAUGAAGUUGCUGUCAAGACAUCAGCCAGGGCUGCAGUCAUCUGAAGGUUCUAUGGGAAGCUUGGUUAUUGGCAGGAGGUCUCAGUUCCUCAGAAUGUGGAUCUGUUCUCAUGACAUGGCAGCCACCUUCUAAGAUCCAAGACAGAGUGAGGCAGAAGCCACAAUGCUUUUUAUGACCUCAUCUUAGAAGUUACCCUCUAUCACAGUGGAACUGUUGAGCUCACAGAAAAACCAGACAGGCCUCAUCCCAGAGCACCACCGAGGGCAACAGGAAGCCGUGGAUCCUCAGUCUUCCACAAUGAACCCUGUUUAUAGCCCCGUGCAGCCUGGGGCUCCUUAUGGCAACCCUAAGAACAUGGCCUACACAGGUUACCCUACAGCCUACCCCGCAGCAGCCCCUGCCUACAAUCCCAGUCUGUACCCCACCAAUAGCCCCAGUUAUGCUCCAGAGUUUCAGUUCCUGCAUUCAGCUUAUGCAACUCUGCUGAUGAAACAGGCCUGGCCACAGAACUCGUCUUCCUGUGGUACUGAAGGCACCUUCCACCUCCCAGUGGACACCGGGACCGAGAACCGAACUUACCAAGCAUCCUCUGCGGCUUUCAGAUAUACUGCAGGGACACCGUACAAGGUCCCACCGACCCAGAGUAAUACUGCUCCACCCCCCUACUCCCCAUCACCCAACCCCUAUCAGACGGCCAUGUAUCCAAUCAGAAGUGCCUACCCCCAGCAGAAUCUGUAUGCCCAGGGAGCCUACUACACACAGCCGGUGUAUGCUGCCCAGCCCCACGUCAUCCACCACACCACGGUUGUCCAGCCUAACAGCAUUCCCUCUGCCAUCUACCCAGCGCCUGUUGCUGCCCCCCGGACCAACGGUGUGGCCAUGGGCAUGGUGGCCGGCACCACCAUGGCAAUGUCAGCAGGUACCCUGCUGACUGCACCCCAGCACACCGCGAUUGGGGCACACCCUGUGUCCAUGCCAACAUACAGGGCCCAAGGGACCCCUGCGUACAGCUAUGUGCCCCCGCACUGGUAAAGCCUGCAGCCCAUCCAAAUCUGGAGUCACACAUUGUAUGCAACUACUCAAGUCUUACACAGGUGCUGGAGCAGUUCCCUAGCAGCACCACCUCUAUUUGCAAGAAGAGACAACGGAAGUGCAAGGGUCACUUUAUGCAUCUUUAACGGUUUUGGUUUUUAUUUUUGGUUUUUGUAAAAGCUGCUUUUUCUAA